AUGAGUGCAGAAGACGGAGAAGCUAAUACAGAGGAGACUAUCCCCACGACUGAUUCUGAAAUGAAUGAUUUGGAACUGCAGUCAGAGCUUCCAAAUGAGAAUGAAGAGGCCGAGUCUCCUAAAAAAGAGGAGAUAACGGAGGAGGAAGUUGAGCCAAGACCAGCGCAGGUUCGCCAAGUUCGCGUUUCUUCUAAGACCGCCGAUUUGAACCUUGAGAUACGCCAAAACGAAGUCAAGUCCGUCAAUGAGAGCGCUGUAUCACAACUUUGGGGAGGUGCUAAAGCUGACCACUCGUUGAAAGUGGGAAACGGAGGGUUUGAAGUAAAGAUCGUCGAUUCUGGAGAAGAAGCUCUUCAUUGUCGAGUCGGUUGGACUGUCAAGUCCGACGCAAAAAGCUACUUUCUUCCCCUUGGCGAAAAUGAAAACUCGUUCGGUUUUUGUGCUUCUGGAAAGAAGCUCGAGAAUGGUCAAUCAGCUGAUUACGUUAGUGAAGGUUACAAGGCUGGGGAUGUUGUUGGAUGCUGGAUAAGCAAGAAUGGGACUACUGUUACGAUGAAAUUUACUGUGAAUGGAGAGGACAAAGGAUCUGCUUGGUCGAUGCGCAUGGAAGAACAUUUGACCUUUGUUCCCCACGUCUUCAUAAAAAACUGCUCUCUUGAAUUGAACUUCGGUCAGUGCGACAAGCCAUUCUCCACGAUUCCGGAGAAUUUCUGUCUCUUCAACGAGGAGGGUAUCGAAUGCGAGGAAAUCAAGACUGCUUCUCCAACUAUUAAUUUGUUGACUGCUUUCGUCGGUCUUCCUGGUGCUGGUAAAACAACUUGGAUGGAAAAAAUGCUGCCUGAAAUCAUAGAGGGCCGACCUCGCCCCGUCAUCACUGGAACACAGUACCUUGCAGAACAGAUGAAAAUCUCUGGUCCCGGAACCACUCACAGUACUGAAGAUGUCGCGAAAUUCAAGAAGGAGAAAGCCAUUGAAGCCCUUCAAGUGAUACUGAAGAAAGCCAUCGCCGCUGGUCGUGAUGUAAUUGUCGAUGAUUGUAAUACCCUUCCGGUUCAGCGACGCACUGUCUUUGCUCCCUUUCAAAAAGCUGGUUACUACUGUCAGGCUAUGAUUGUUGUCCCGAAAGAGGAGGUACGCGUUGAAAGAAUGGCAUUGAAAGUCGCAGCUGGAGAGCUUGAGUUUCCAGAAGCUGAGCUGAAGAGAAUGAAAGCAGAGUUUUUCGCGCCUGAAGGAAAUGACGGUGUCUUCAAUAAAGUAAAGUUUCUUGAACUUGAGCAAGAAGAAGCGACAAAGCUUGUGGAGGAAUACAACAAGGAGUUCAAAGAAUUCCUGAAACCAAAAGAACCAGUCGUUGAUUUGACUAAACGAGUUACUCCUCCACUCGUAGACGUCGAACGCGAACACGAUCGCGCAGUCGAGAUCGUUCACGUCGACGAGAUCGAAGUCGGGAUCGUAGUCGAGAUCGAAGUCGCGAAAGACGUCGACGCCGUUCUCGUUCGCCCAGGGAUGAUCGCCGUAGACGUUCUUCGCCACGAAGGGAUGAUCGACGCAGAGACCAAAGUAAUGAUUAUGGUCGCGGAGGAAGGCCCACUGAUCGAGGACCUCCACGAGCUGACGGACCUCCCGCGUGUCUCAGAGGAGUCCGCAUUCCACGAGGCUUGA